CACACACACACACACACACACACACACACACACACACACACACACAGGCAGUACGCAAGAGCCCCGGGAGAACACACACCCACCCCCACGCAAACACAGAAGCACAGAACCGAGAGUCAGUCUCCGUUCCGCUGCCGUGGUCUGGAGUCCAAACGCGUCCGUGCGCACGAGUCGUGGAUUAUUACGCGGGGAACCAUGAGCUGGGGAACCGACCUAUGGGAUCAGUUUGAUAACCUAGAAAAGCACACGCUGUGGGGAAUAGACUUCGUGGAAAAAUACACCAAAUUUGUGAAGGAAAGAUCAGAGAUCGAGCUUAACUAUGCAAGACAGAUCAGGAAUCUGUCCAAGAAAUACCAGCCUAAGAAGAAAGAUGAAGACGAGAACAAGUACACGUGGUGUCGCGCGUUUCAUUCGACGCUGAACGAGCUGAACGAUUACGCCGGCCAGCAUGAGCUCAUCGCCGAGAACAUGACGUCACAAAUCAUCGCCGAGCUCACGCGAUACACGCAGGAGCUCAAAACGGAGAGGAAAUCGCAUUUCCACGAUGGACGGAAAGCGCAGCAACAAGUCGAAGCCAGUUGGAAGCAGCUGGAGUCGUGUAAAAGGAAGUUUGAGCGGGAUUGUAAAGAGGCUGACCGGGCGCAGCAGUACUUUGAGAGGAUGGACGCAGACAUCAACGUGACAAAAGCUGAAGUGGAGAAGGCACGGCAGCAGGCGCAGAUGAGACACCAGAUGGCUUCUGACAGCAAGAAUGAAUAUUCCUCAUACCUGCAGAAAUUCAACCAGGAACAGAACGAACAUUAUUACACCAUAAUACCCAAUGUUUUCCAGAAGCUCCAGACGAUGGAGGAGAAGAGGAUAGAGAGAAUGGGCGACUCGCUGAAAACGUUUGCCGACGUGGACCGACAGAUUUUGCCCAUCAUCGGGAAAUGUCUCGACGAAAUGACGCAGUCGGCCGAAUCCAUCGACUCCAAGACUGAUUCGUCUCAGGUCAUAGAAUCUUACAAGUCUGGCUUCGAGCCUCCAGGAGACGUGGAGUUUGAAGACUACGGUCUGCCGAUGAAGAGAACAGUGUCUGAGACCAGUCUCACCAACUCACGCUCGGACAACAAAGCAGACCGCUCCAGCAAGGGCAAGAGUAAAACUAUCUGGCCUUUCAUUAAGAAAAACAAGCUUAUGUCCCUGUUAACAUCCCCCAUACCCCGCCAGUCCCCCCCUGAACCUCCCUCACCUUCUGCUGUGACCCCUGACCCCUGCCCCACUCCCCAGACCCCCAAACAGUCCAAGGAGCCCCUGUCCCACCGAUUCAACGACCUCGUGACCUCCAAGCCCAAAAUUCACUGCCUCAGGAGCCUCCGGCGAGGGUCUGCCCAGUCUCUAUAUUAUAAUAAAGAGAUAAUGAAGAGGACUCUCGGCCGGCCUACAUAUGCGUUUGAGGCCAGGCAAUAUGUUCUGUCUCUGAAGCUGCUCUCACUCAAUGCCCACGUGCGGAACCUUAUCGAGGGUUCGAAUCCUGAAGAUUUCAGUCAUUUGCCUCCAGAACAGAGAAGAAAGAAACUUCAGGCUAAGAUAGACGACAUCAAUAAAGACGUACAGAAAGAGAUGGAUCAGAGAGAUGCUUUGACUAAAAUGAAGGAGGUGUAUGUGAAGAACCCACAGAUGGGGGAUCCUAACAGCGUGGACCCCCGGUUAGCAGAGAUCGCCCAAAAUAUUGAGAAACUGCAGGCGGAGGCUCAGAAGUUUGAGGCCUGGUUAGCGGAAGUAGAAGGAAGGAUGCCAGUGAAGAGUGACCCUCCGCGGAGGACCAGCACACUGUUCGAGACCCAAAACAGCACGCCACCCACCACCACCAACAACAACUGCGCACAGGAUAGAGAGAGCAGUCCGGAUGGCAGUUAUACAGAGGAACAGAGUACUGAGGUCCAGAGUAAAGUCCAAACAGAACCGCCAGAGUUUGACGAGUUUGAUGACGCAGAUGAAGACAUGCUACCGACCAUCGGCACCUGCAAAGCCCUUUAUCCAUUUGAAGGUAGUAAUGAAGGUACCAUCGCUGUGGCAGAGGGUGAGCUCUUGUACGUAAUAGAAGAAGAUAAAGGUGAUGGGUGGACGCGUGUUAGGAGAAAUGAGGAAGAGGAGGGUUACGUCCCCACAUCCUACGUCGAGGUGUUUCUGGACUCCAACGCCAAAGGUGCUAUAACCUACAUUUGACUCCUGACAGGGCUGUAUGACCGAGUGUGCGUUUGUGUAUAACACUCUUCACGACUUUUUUUAGAUCAAAUUGGACUGCUUUUGGUGACUUUUCCAAAGAGACUACAUGAUUGUAUGUUUUAAUACUGUACAGUAUGGGUUUAGAUAUUAGUCCACCAUAGUUUCAUAUGGUAACAGCACUUCACAUAAUAAUCACGGUAGUAUCUUGUUGUAUUGAGUUGCAAUGCAUGUCAGACACAUUUGGGGUGAUAUAUGCAAGGUUUUUUGGACAGUUUUUCAAAAAACAUCAUGAAGCUUCUUAGACGAAGACAUUGAAUUAUUUGUGUGUUCUUCCCCGGAUAGUAAUAUUGGAUUUUAAACAAUAUACACGUUAUUAGCAUUAGCCUCCCCACUCGUAAAAAUAAGUUUGUUGGUUGAGUAAUAAAAUACUAAAGCAUAAACAAGAAUAAUUAGAUUAGUCUAUUAAAGGUGCAGUUUCAAUUUUUCAGUAAAAUAUCCAAAAACCACUAAGCUAGUGUUAUAUAUUUUGUUCAUCUGAGUACUUACAAUAUCUCAAAUUAUACUUGUAAAUCGUGAGAAAAUCGCCAUUCUAAACAGUGACACGGGGCUGUCAAUGGCGUCAUAUCGUUGUUGUUUUGAUCGUGCACCCUCUAACGGCGGUUUUUAUAAUCUGCACCUUUAAAUAUUAUAUUAGUCACAUUUAAUUGAAAAUGACAUCAUCUUUAUGAUUCUUUCUACACUGUAAAAAAUGAUUCUGGGUCGUAGUAGAUAUCAAUAAAUGAAUUGAGUAAACUUUACAAUAAUACUUAAUGUUCUUGUUUUUUAACCAAAAUUUAAUUUAAAAUUAUAUAAAAAUCUCGGAAUUCUAAAUGCACAAAUUAUUGAAUGAAUUCAUCUUAAUUUCAACAUGUUCAACCCACUUAAACGUGUAUAAAGGAUCUUUACUUAAUUAUUUUGUUGUGGGACUACAUUAAUUACACUAACUGAGCAGUGAAUUUAGAGUUCCCAGCAUGCUUUGCAUGCGACAGCAUUAGGAGAGUCAUUUUUGUGAAAAAGUGCUAUUUUAUGGGCUUUACAAUAAAUAUGAAAGACUUGACAGUGUUUAUUGUUCAGUUGUCUUUAAGAUUUAGAAGAGAUUCUGUUUGUAUUUUUGAGUUUCGUGGUUAGCAUCGUUCAGAAGAGUGGUGCUUGUGCUCAGGUCAUGGUAGAGCUCAUGAUGUGUGUUUUUAUACUCUGUGAACAGUAAUGCUGCUAAUGCCGGUACUGAGACAACUCUCAGCUUACUUGUACAUCGUAUAUGUUGCAAACAAUAAUAAAUGUUAAACUGAAGUUAAAAAGAACAAGAAGUUAACUCGAAUGCUCAAAUGAGUAUUUCUUCUUGAUUUUUUUAAGUUUAUCAUGUGACGUGCUUAAAUAAUUUAGGUAAUUUGACUUGAUUUAUUCAUGGACUAUUGCGUUAAAAAUAAGCAUUAAAGUACGUCAAAAUAUUUUGUGUCAUAUUAUUACCAUAGUAUAUAUCCGUGUCGUUUUUUACAGUGUAUAUGAUAAUCUCAAGAUUAGAAUCAUCUGUAGAUUAUGUACACACACAUAGUUUACUGUCAGAAUGUAUUGAUUCCUAUCUUACUAUAUAUGAGACAUCGUUUUACAACAUACAGGCCGCACACCGGGAUCGUGAACAGGGAUUUGGAGCUUCAAAACGUGCAAUUUAUGUAGGAAUUGUGACCCUUUCUGGAUGUUUUCCCUACAGAGCUUUUUUCCUGGAGAAGGGUUUAUCUUUCUGAGGGUGAGACUGAAAGUCUGUCAGUGUUUUGGUCUGUACACAUUAAGAGAUCUCGAAUGAACCUAAUUUGUCUUUUUGUUUCACUACCCAAGACUUGGAGCUGACUUUCUUCAUGCUUUUUAUUUAAAACUGCAUGAGUGAUUCACUCUAAUGGAGUGCCGGACUCGGUCAUGGGAACUUGUACAUCAGUUUAAAAAUGCAUGAAAUUAUUCACGUCAGAUGAAUAAAGAGAAUCCUAAAGAAAUAACCCAGAAUCAUUGAUAAUAGAGUGUUUCUGCAUCUUGAGUGUUGGGUUGAGCUUUUCGUUUGGUGUUGUUUGCAAUAACGCAUGUUUUAUAUAAUUAACACGGAAUACAAAUAAACCAUUGAACUUAUAUUUAAAGAUACCGUGACACAAAAAUUUGUGUUUAUACGAUUCAUUAUUCAGUCCAUUUUGUUGUGUGUAUUGUACUCGACUGUACUUGUGAGAGCAUACAUCAAAUGUCAUAUUUGUGUGUUUUGUGAGUGGGCUUUUCACACUUCACAAAAUCACCCCAAAAAACAAACGAAAUCAUGUACACUACCGGUCAUAAGUUUACGAACACUUGAAUGAAAUGUUUCUCGUUGUCUUAAAAAGGUUUUCAUCUGAAGGUGUAUGCUUAAAGCGACACAUUAGAACUUUUGCUCACGGCUCCCCCAUGUGGUUGAUACGCGCAAUUAUCUGUUACCAGUGUCGUAAAUAAUGUCACUGUUAAGCUUCCCUGAGGGCAGCGCAACACGUGAAUUUAUUUACUAAGCUGAUGAAACAGGCGAAUGCCGAAACGUUGUUUAGGAACCAUCUCGCACUUUCCGCAGGCAGGGGAUGGGCUGGGCUGUGUGUACUGACCCUAUCACAGAACUUACAGAGUGUGGUUGCAGCCGCUAUGAGGCUGUUCAGGUAGCGGCGGUAGUAGAAUUCGUCCAGUUAAGAGUUGUUCUACCACGGAAAUCAUUUUAGAGACAUUAUUUUAAUGUCGAAAAACUACAAAGUGUUGCUUUAAAUGUCUAAAAUUAGUUUUAUAGACAAUAAUAAAAUUGUGCAAAUAUAAACGUUUUUCAUUAUAAACUAAUAUAAAAUAAAAAUGUCUUUGACCAAAUGGAUGACCUUGACUAAAUAAUGAAAAAAGAGCAGCCAAUAAGAGCGCAGAAUAGCUGGGAACUCCUUUAAUGUGUGUGACAUCAUUGUUUGUGACCAGCCAGGCCACAUUUCAGGGGGUCCCCAGAUAAAACCCAGCAUCAGGCCCGGUUUAACUUACUGUAGUGUGAAAAGCCCGCAGGAAAUUUACAAAUGGGAAGCAUCCAUCAUCUCACCGUGUCUAAUGUUUUAUUUUAUUUGUUUCAUGUUUUUUGUUUGUAUGA